CAACAACUCAGCUGAUUGCCAUUGGGUCGCCGAGACUGUUCAUUGCUGCAUCAUCUUUUCCUGAGUUUUUGCAAAAAAAUCACUGCUUUUCGAGAUUAAAAUCACUAUGCCGUCAAAGGUGGAUGACUCAAUUCCAGAAGAAGUUCGAGGAAGACUAGCUAAACUACAGAAAGACUAUGAAGCUGGUUCCGUGAAAGACAAGAAUUUUGCUGAACAGAAAUCAGAGCUGCUGUUAGAGUUCCUUCCAGAAACAUUGCAGAAAAGUCUGACAACAUUGAAGGAAGAUUUGAAAGAUGAAUGUUUAACAGAGAAAGGAUACUGCAAGAAAGUGUUGUCGCUGCUUUCACAAUACUUGACAGAUCUUCCUGCAGUGUCUACCAAGAAUGGCUUAAGUGAGUCUAGUCAAUCAGAGAGUGACAGUGGAUGUCAGUCUCAAACUGACCAAUCAACUGAUCAGCCAGAUGGAGACAUCAGUUUUGAAACACCAGAAUGCACCAGCCAAUCAGACAUGUCCAGCAAAGAAACUAGCCAGCCUGAUGAAGCCAGUAGUCAGCUGACUGCAGAUGAAACAAGUCAGUCUGAUAUGGAAACUGACCAACCAGAUGGUAAAGCAAAUGGUCAAUCCAUGAAAAGGAACAAGGGUCGUCCUAAAGGUCCGCAAUUAAAGAAAAAGAAAUCUCCUGCAAGAGGUAAAACUAGCGAUACCUCAGAUGUUGAUGAUACAUCGCCACAAUCGUCAAAGAAAAGCAAGAUUAAGAAGGAUUCUAAGCAGCCUAAUAUUGCAUUAAUGUUUGCAAAAACACCUUCAAAAAGAAAAACAUCUGAGCAAUCUGAUGAAGCAGAGGGAGGAUUUAAUUGUGCCGGUGUAAAAUCGGAACAUCAACACGAGAAGAGGAUGAAAAUUGGGGAUGGAAGUGAAACAUUUGAUGAUGAUGAAGAUGAAAAGAAGUUCAAGAAGGAUUUGCGCCCUAAAACAGAAAAUGAUGAAAUAUCUGCAGUUGCUCCUCCAGUUCGCUGUACUGAAUGCAGACAACUCUUGGAUGAUCCGGACUUGAAAACAUUUCCUGGUGAUCCCGAUGACUCUGUUGAUGAGUUUAUCAUGUUGACUGACCCAAGAUUAUCAUUAUUCACCGGUGAUGAGGAAGAUGUGACUGGAUAUGAAGAUAGACCACAACAUAAAUUAACAAAUUUCAGGUGUGUACAGAGACUAUAA